CAGCACCCAUGAAUUAAAUUAAUUUUAGAAAACAGAACUUGAUUUAUGGUGUAAAAAGCAUUGAAAACAUAAAAAAAACUUUAAUUGAUAUUAAUUUUCUUUAUUUAAGAAUAAUAAAGCACCAUGGACUCACAUGCCAGAUCCAGGAGAAAGGCACUGAAAGUGGCCGUAGGCGCUUUGUGUAAAGAAGUUGGUUUUGGAAUGGCCGAGGAGUCCGCACUAGAAACAUUGACAGAAAUGUUGCAAAGUUUGAUUACAGAAACAGGGAAGAGUACCAAAGCUUAUACAGAAUUGUGUGGCCGCACUGAAGUUUUAGUUACUGAUGUAAUUACGGCUCUCAUUGAUCAAGGCAUCAAUGUUGAGUCUAUCCCAGCACAUGCAGCUAGACAAAACAAGUCAGUGUUCAUACCACCUGGACAGAGUUUACCCCAGCCUGUGCAGAGAGUUUUGUCGGCCGGAGAGAAGCAAAAUCAUCCGGCAUACAUACCAGAUCAUUUACCGCCAUUUCCCGAUCCCCAUACUUAUAUACGCACAGAGUCACAUAAGCAGCCAGUAUCUGAGUACCAGCUGAUACGAGAGAAAGCUGCAUCUUACAAACGAGACACUGAAAGAGCUUUGACGAGAUACGUAGCCAAGACUGGAUUUACACAGAGUUUGUUCAAGGACGAUACAUCAUCUUUUCCACUAAUAGCUGUGCAGCAAAAUCCUCACCCGUAUCUGAUGGCCCUGUUACCGAAAGAUCACGAUCUUGACACAUUAGAGCCCACAGAUAUUCCAAACAUAAAACAAAACGAUGGAAUUCCUUCACGGAGUGAUGAUUCUGAGUCAGGGCAAAAUAAAACAGACAGUUCAGAAGCAGAUUCUAUAGACAAUCCUUAUCUCCUACCUAUAAAAAUGCCGAGAUAUAAAAAGAUCAAACUGAUAUGAUUUUGUGUAAGUGCGGAAAAAAAAGCUUGACAAGUGGUUAAGAUCAUUUUUGAGAAGUGUAGUAUUUGUAACAAGUAACAUGUUUGUACAAAAGAAAAUGAAAAACUUCUGUAGGAGAAUACUUUGUACUUGCAUUUAUCAUAUACCUAUAAAUUUUCUCCCUAAAAUACACGCAAAUCUUGAAGGGUGAAUACGCCUCAACGCAUAGAAAAUUCCGUAUUAUGUUAGUGACAAAUACGUACCAUAUAUGGAAAUGCCAGACUAUAUUUGACGUUGGUUCAGAUCUUUGCUGUGUAUAACGUAGCAUUUUGAAACAGAAACCAAAAUUAUUAAAGACGUGGUUGCUGUUGCAAAAUUACAUAUUCAUCUGUCAUUCAUGAAAUUAUUUCUUGACAGCUACAUUUCAUUUUCUGAAAUUACUAAUAGAAGUGAAGUAUAUAUUGAAACUCCUUAUACUUAAAAUAAAUAGGUAUAUAAUAAAAGGAAAAUUAUGUCCUAGUAGCUUUCUGAGGCUAUGUAUUUUGUUUCUCACAACGUUUGAAAAUUGAUAUCUCACUUUACCUAAGGUCUCGCAAGAUAUCAAUUUUCUGACGCUGCUCGUAGCAAAAUACAAAGUAUCAGAAAGCUACUUCAACAUAAUAUUCCAUAUAUUUUAAAUCAUUCAAGUUGUAUACAAUCGACUAACUGGGUAUGUGUUAUUUUUGCAUUUUGCCAGUUUUUGCCAGUUUUGAUAAAACUGCAGGUCACAGGGUGCAUAAUUUACGUCAGGCACUUUGAUAUAAGCAGUCGUCAAGUAACUGGUGUAUUCUUUAUAUUAGAUGAAUUCAUUGUCCAAGGCAGGAUUGGACUUUUAUGUGGAACACAUCAUUUAAAAGCACACGCUAAUGUUAACAACUGCAUGGUAUAAAAAGCCACAAUAGAAAACAAAACAAAUCCUUAUUCUGGUUUUCUAGUCACACCAAUACCUUUGAGAUCCUACUUCAACUUUGCAGUCAUCUUGGGGGGAAGUAGACCUCGGGUGUCCCAAAGCAUUGCAUUAUUAAGUUGGCACCAAAUAAGACCCAUUAUCUUCGUUAAGUUAGCUGAAUAGAUUCCUUUUCAAGGUUUGUAAAAGAAUUGAACAUCAAUGGAAAGAUUAUAUAGAUCAGAUUUUUGAGUGAGGUAUGUUGUUUGCCUUUGUAAUGUAAAUGAUAUGAAAGUGUAUUUCUAAAUAUACCAUCUGAUUAAAACAUGAUUGAACAAAUUGUACAAUUCUUUAAUCUUUAGAUACUCUUUUGCUUGGCGAUAUUUGUUGUAAGUUUUUGUGCCAUUUUCGUUUUGUUGAUACAAUAAAGAAUACUGAAAAUAA